UCUUUGAGCAUGUAGCAAAAACGUCAGAAGAUUCCAUACGGCUUAUUGAAUCUUGUGUUGAUGGCAACGUUUAUGGAAGACUUCUCCACUUCUCCUCCAUCUUCUAGUUCUUCUUCAUCUCCUUCUUCUCCAUCUCCUACACCUUCUCCGUCACCCACAUCUGCACACACAACUUCUGCAACACCUCUGACGAUUGUUGUCGAUACAGGUUCUUGGAACGUUAGAGCUGGACUUAGUGGGCCUGGUAAGAUGCCUCGAGUGGUACGGGCCGAUUCUGAUGAUUUCAGAUGGGAGAUUGUGACUGAAGGCAAAUGGCGAUUGCCCAUCAUGUUAGCGUGCGGACCAGACGCUGCGAAGCAUGGGCUCAAAAGCGGUCCAGACCGAAACCUCGAAAUGAUUUGGAAAUGCAUAAUUCUCAACGUCCUGAAAGCGUCACCAGACCAACAUCCCGUUCUUCUCGUCGAAGAUCCAACGACAACAGCAGAAGAACGCAAGCGGUCGAUCGAAAUAAUGUUCGAGAAGUUGCUCGUUCCUGGGCUAUUCAUCGCUACCAGUCCCGCACUGUCAAUGCACUGGACCGGCCAGAGCACGGGCGUCGUCGUCGACUGCGGUCACAACAGCACCAACAUUGUACCGUUUUACCACUUACAGACUCUCCAAUCGCAAGCCAAAAAGCUCAACUACGGAGGUGAGGACGUGACAAAGUAUAUCAAAUAUCAACUGGCCAGACGACGCAAGAGACGGUUCACUCUCAGAGACAACAGCCCGUCGGCAAUAGAAGCGGCUAGAGUGAUAAAACACGCGCUGCUCUAUCGACCUAGAGGUGCUCACAGCGAUCGCGGUCCGGUAGAAAUUACGCCUGAAGAUGACGCAGUCUGGUCACUGAACGAAGAAAAGUUGCUCAGAUUUAGUCCCGAAUUUUUUACCUGUACGGAGAGUCUGUUUCGUCCGUUUCUAUUUGGCAAGUUUGUGGACGGAUUGCACCAGGAGGUGCGCAACGUAAUCGAAUCGUGUCCGGAAGAAAUGUGGAUGGAUCUGUACAAGAACGUGUUGCUGUGUGGCAGUGGCUCCAUGUUCCAGUCUUUACGAGAUCGAUUUCUGAUUCACAUAUCGAGGAUUGAGACGAGUUGUGCAGAAGUAAACGUCGCCACUCCAGAUAAUCGUGAACAUAGUGCUUGGCUUGGGGGCAGCAAACUGGCGUCUUCAGCCGUGUUUCACGACGAGCUGCUGGCUAGUAGACUGGAUUAUCAUGAGUGUGGUGACUCUGUCUUUCAGAGAAGUCCGAGAAGUUCGAUGUUUGAAUGAUCGAGUGCGUUGGCAUGAUUAAUGCUUACUUUCCUUGUACAUCAAUAAACAAAUAAAUUAAUUAAUUGAGUGCACAUGUUUCUUAUAUAAUGGUAACACUAUAAAUAUUUAAAAAA